UUUUUUAGGCCAAUUUCUAAUCUGCUGUCACUUUCCUUAGAAGAAAAAAAAAAAAAAAAAGGAAGAGGAAGCCUUGCUAGCAAGCGGGAAAAACAGAGGAAAAGAGAACCUUUACCAGCAAAAACAGGAACAAAAAGUAACAUUGUGAUACAACAAGCGGAGUCGGUUAAAGAUUUGAGUUUUUGUUGUUCUUGGGGGGGUUUUUGUUUGAUGACAAUGGUCGUAGGUUUAUGCCGCUCCUUGCGCGAUCGAGCUCUCGACCGAUGCUUCCAAUGCUUCCCUUGUCUCGCCGAUCCGGCUCGGAGAUCAUCGUUGGGUUUGAAAAUGGCACUAGUGAUGCUGCAUCUAAUAUACGCUGGCAUUCUCUUCCUUUUCGAUGGUGAUUUGAUUGAUAAAACAAAAAAAGAACCAUGGUAUACUGCUUUAUAUUUGUUGUUGUUUUUCGCCACAUUGGUGCAAUACUUUGUUACUUCUGGUUCUUCUCCCGGUUAUGUCCUUGAUGCAAUGAGGGCUGUUAAUGAGACAAAUGUGAUAUACAAGAAGUCAUCAAUGGCCUCAAAACAGCCUGCUUCAAGCAAAAAUGGAAGCUUGAUUGUUACUGUAGAAGAGAGUCAAUCAGGUAGAAAUUUUCGAGGGACUAUUUCUGCAUCUUGGACAAAGUUAGUGAUGGACAUGUAUCCCCCUGGAACACCUGUUAGGACUUGCACUUGCUCCUAUUGUAAUGUUGAACAGCCUCCACGAGCAAAGCAUUGUCAUGAUUGUGAUAAAUGUGUUCUUCAGUUUGAUCAUCAUUGUGUAUGGCUUGGAACAUGCGUUGGCCAGGGUAAUCAUUGCAAAUUUUGGUGGUACAUUUGUGAAGAGACAGCAUUGUGCCUCUGGACUGGCAUCUUGUACAUUACAUACCUGAAGGCCAACAUAUCAAGGGCUUGGUGGAAGGAUACUGUUAUGAUUCUGCUAUUGAUCCCCUUGUCAAUUUCCAUAAUUUUUCUACUUCUUCUUCUACUUUUUCAUAGCUAUCUUGUUCUGACAAAUCAGACUACUUAUGAACUAGUUAGACGCAGACGUAUCCCAUAUCUAAGGGGGAUUCCUGAAAGAGUAUAUCCAUUUAGUAAAGGAGUUUGCAGCAAUCUAUAUGACUUCUGUUGUGUUCGAAGCAGCAAAUACAGUUUGGAAUCUUUGCCCUCAGCUCAACAACUUGAAGAAAAGUCAAGGCCCUACACUUGCUUAGAUGUUUUAACCUGUCGUUGCUGCUGAUAUAAUAGGGCAAUGUAUCAUUUAAUGUAAAACCAUUCUUUACUCGAAAUGUUUUGAUGUGGGGUUGUGUAGUAAGCAGUGAUGUGCAGCCAAUUGUUGUAGCUGCUCGAUAUGGUUCGCUGAAGGUCAAGUUGCUUAUCAGGUUUAGAUAAUGUACUGGUUAUGAACCGUGAUUCCUUUGUUUUGAUGUGUCAAAGAAUUUGGAAAUUUUAUUAACCAGAUUUAAAUUGUCUCCUGUAUGCACGGGCUCAGUAUAAUUGAAGAUUCUAGUAAUCAAUCCCAACCAUCUUUAUGUA